UUGGAGAUAUUACUGCCAUGUAUGAGUCUCUUACUCAGCCUUAACUGAAAGAGGCCGGAAUCACCGUCAUCAUCAUCAUCAUCAUCAUCAUCAUCAUCAUCAUUGAGAAAGACCCAACAGCAUUCAGUACACUACAGCAGGCAGACAUGAAUAAACACUGCUUGCUGCUAUUUCAAUAACCACCCUUCAAAAUAAAGGUUCAAUUUAGAAUCAGUGGUGGUUCCAUAUGGUAAAGAGAUAAACCUUUAUCCUUUUCGUGUUUGGUGCUUGAAAGAACAGGUAUUAUUAAGUGUUUUGCUGAGUGCUUUUACUGAAACAAAACAUCAAAAUAUUUUUCCCACCACUGUUUUUUUUUCUCCAGUUGAAGACUAUUGGUCACAUUUGUUGUUUUUGACCAGUCCUAAUGACAGUCUGGGAGAAUAUAAUUAGAGAGAACCAUUUGUUUUGGUGUAAUAUUUGUAUUACUUGGCACAAUAUCAACCAUGUCUAAGAAUGAUCUUUAUUUCCUGAAAAUCCAGACGAUAACUACUGACACUUAGAACUGAAUUAUAGUUAAAUUAUCCCCAUGUAUUCAAGCAUGCAGAUGUGAUAAGGAAAAUUCAAACCAUGAAAUAAAUCACAUUGAAGUUAAAGGGGCAACUACAUGAAAGAAGAUGGAUAAAAUUACAUUAUACUGGAAAAAAAUGUUAUUUUAACACAUGAAUAUGCAUUGCAAUAUAUUUUUUGUGUUUUGUUUUUAUUGUAAAAUGGUUAUUUUCUGUAGAAAAUGAUCCUGUUAUUUAUACAAUCACAGCUGUAAGUGCUGUGUCAGAUCUGUCCAGAUGCAAUGAAAAUGUUUAAUGGUCCUUUGCAGAUCAAGUACAAUAAGUUUAUAAUAUCCAACACACAGUCCACAUAAUACUUAUUACCAGUCUUACAACUAAGCACAUAGGCUGACAUGGGCUAUUUUUUUUUUCAAAUUAAAUUACUGUGUCUGCUUUCGUAAAUUGUACGAAUGAGGCUUUUAUUUUGUAGUCUUACAUAGAUUUUUAAUGGUAAUACUGAGCAGUGGUUUAGUACUUAGUUGUGCUUAUUUUAUUUGAUUUCCCUGCAGGAUAAUCUCAUGGCAUCACAGUUACAGGACCAUUAUUGGUUCUAACCUGAACCAUUAUUUUUAAGGAUCACUUGCAAUCAGCUACGUGACCAUGUGCAGCAUCCCCUCCCUCCUCCCUCCCUCUCUCUCCGACUAGCAUCACUCCCCCUCGUACACGCUGUCCUCAAAACCUCCAGUGGCAUUACCCGCCUCGGCCUGUGUGUACGCUGAGCUAACUGGGAGGAGGAGGUGGGAUCUAGCUACUGGUGGUGGUCCUGGACUUGCAGACGUUUACGUGCGAACCGUGCAGACUGCCAAGCACGAAUCCCAUUGUCAACGACUGAGUUUUUUUCUUCUUCUUCCUCCCUUUGGAGAAAUCACGACGAGAAAGUCCCUCUCUUGGGAUCACCCAGCCUCCCUGCCAACGACACACACUCACCCACCACUUCUGAAUUUACCGUCGUUUUCUGCCACCGUUAGACCCGGAGACAUCGACGUUACAGGCGGGUGGCUGCUGUGUGAUGAGGUCGCCCUGCUGCGGGGGUUUGGUAACGUUAAGAUAAGACGUUUUUUGUUGUUGCCAGGACAGGUCUUUGCUUUCAGUUUGGGUCGCUUCCUUAAGAAAAGCCUUCAAGCAAAAAAAUCAGAGUGUGUGAAGAGAAACACUUUCAGGAGACCGUAGCUACAAGCGGGGCUGAGGGAAUCGCUGAAUAUCCAUGAGCUCCGAUUUCCCGCACUACAGUUUCAGGAUGCCAAAUAUAGGGUUCCAGAACCUUCCCCUUAAUAUCUACAUUGUGGUGUUUGGGACGGCCAUCUUUGUCUUCAUCCUCAGCCUCCUCUUCUGCUGCUACUUAAUAAGGUUACGGCACCAGGCGCACAAAGAGCUAUAUGCAUACAAACAAGUCAUUCAGAAGGAAAAAGUCAAAGAGCUAAAUUUGCAUGAGAUAUGUGCAGUGUGCUUGGAGGAGUUCAAACAGAAAGACGAGCUGGGGAUUUGUCCGUGCAAACAUGCCUUUCAUAGGAAGUGCCUCAUUAAGUGGUUGGAGGUGAGGAAAGUGUGCCCGCUGUGCAACAUGCCCGUCUUGCAGCUCGCCCAGCAGGCUGGCAGCACAGAUCCCACUGUGCCAAUACAGCAGCCUCUGCCCGGCAUCGAGAACCUGGUGUAGCAGACCCUCUCUAAAAGUACACUGCAGACACACACAAACACACAUCCCAUCACUCAUACUUUCACCUGUACAGGUAUGAGUCUGUGGACAGACUGGAGAAACUGGAGUAACUGCUCAGAUACUCACGAAAACAGUGAAUGGGCAGCCAUCGUCACCUCUUAUCUUUGCUUCGGUUCACAAAGGAUUUCCCGAUAUCAGCUCUGACUGAUAAUCAACUGUUCUCAUGUUUUUUUCUUUUCUGCGGACAUUGAAGAAGAGUUGAUCUAGAAGAAGUUUCCUUCUCGGCCGUGAUGUGGUCGAUAACUUUUUCACAACCAAAGCACUUUUCUGGGGACACCAGCUUAAGACCAGGAUGGAAAAAAAACACAAAAGCCAAGAACUACACACUAAAAUUGAAAUUGUUUUUUUUUUGUUUUUUUUUUUAACAAGCACUUUACGAGAAGUCAAACCUUAAUUGCUUGUGAUCGUAGUAGCAAGGUCAUGUUCUAUAUUUUAUCAUUAACUAUUAUUUCUGUGCACAGUGCAAAGCCACAUGGGUUUUCAUUUUUAAUUAGUAAACUUUGAUUUUUAAACAAAUAUAUAUAUAUAUAUCAAAGGGACAACAAUACUUUUGGACAAUGGUUUCUGUUCAGAUUGCAUACACACACACACACACACACUCGAGAAAAUAACCUCAAAACAACCUCGAGACUUUAUGUCUGACUAAAUGUGAAAGGUCUGAAUGUGUUGACACCCAGAAAUCUACACACAGAAACACUAAUACACUUUAUAUGAAGCCUACACAGUUUGUUCCCUCAUCACCUGUUUUUCACAGCAAUGUUACUGUUGUUAUUAUCCUUUUCUUUUUUAUUAUUUUUGUCAAAACAGGAAGGUGAUACAGUGAAUAAAUAAUAUUUUCACUAAAUUAAUUUACCGGGUAACUUUCCUCUCCAUGUGAGUGCUAUUAGGAAAACACAGGCCAUAUACUGUCACCCCAGGCAUCACUCAUGAUCUUUCUCUCUUUUUUUCUUUUUUGUUGGAAAAACAAUUCAGGACCUCUCCAACAGAAAAUCUAAAUUUCAAAGUAACUACUUCAGCUACAGCUAUAACCUGGUGCUUUGUCUAUUAAUCUGAAAACACUUACCAGUAAUGAGGCAAUAUUAAACAAAAAUCUAUAAAAUGACAGAAAUGUUCCAGUUUUAUCUUGCUUUGCUGCUGCGUUGUUUUAUUUUAUUGAAGCUGAGCUGUGAGAAUGUUACGGUGGCUUGAGACACAAAAAACAAAACAAAGCAACAAAUGUCAAACUGUUAUUUUGAUCUGUAUUAAACUAGCAUCACAUAUCCUGCUAAGAAAUGAAUGACAGUUCAUUGUAGGAAGAUCAGAAUGAAGUUAAAAUGUGCUGCACGUACAGCUGCAGUUCUCUUUACUUCUACCCCAGUGGAGGAUUCCUAUUUAUUAUUAUUUUUAAUUUAUUAUCAUUUCUUGGUACAGCUGCAUUGAGUGAAUGAGUAAGCUAACUGACUGACACCUGCCCUCAGCAUAUCAUCAGCAUAUCUUCUGGUUUAUGAUACACACUACUUUAUAAAACAUACAUACAUGCACAGAGGGAGGGGUACAAGCUUUGCCCCACCCCCUCACCCCCACCUCUCCUGCUUGGGCUGCCAGAGAGUCAGUGGUCAGCAGGUUGUAAUGAAACAGCAUUUCCAUUCACACACGCGCACACACAUACAGGGUAGUUCAGCUUUUUGGCUGCAGUAUUCUGGUGCUUUCGCCUCUCUCUCUCUUUCUGUACGGUACAGGGUGCUUUUUGUGUUGUGCCACACAUACAGUAACUCUGAGCCCUGCCUUUGUGUAUGUUUUUUUUUUUGUCCUCACCUCUUUUUAGCUGCAUUUGGUAAAUGUGUUGUGGGGAAACAUGCUGAUGUGAAAGGGGGCAAAAAAAAAAAAAAAAAAAAAAGCUGUGCUUCACAGUGAUGGACCCAAGAUAAGUUGGAGAUUGUGUUUUACCUGUGAUAUGUAUCAUCCAAUGACAAUUAUAUGUUAAAUUUAAAGGUACAAUCCGUGAUCUAAUGGUGAAUAAGAGUCGUUCCACUAUGUAGAAAUAAAUAAUCAAAUACAUUAGACAAAAUUAAACAUAAAACAUAAUUUUGUUGUGUGUUUUGGUUUAUAUUUGUGGAGAAACACACAAAAUCUAAUCUGAAAUAUCUGUGAAUAUACAGUACCGCAAAUUUAAACAGUAAAAAAUGACUGAUUGUGCCUUUAACAACAAUAUAAAAUUUGAUUUUAUUCUCUAACCCUGUCAUGGACAGAGUUGCACAGGUUCCUGACACAUGGGCGGGUUUGACAUGUGACAGUGUGUUUCACCCUCUGUGGCAGAAAAGCAUUGUUACUGUCACCUCAGUGGUUUGAAUGUUUUAUCUCUGUUGAAUGUCCGCCCACCCAUGCUCCACACUGAUGACCUUCAUGGUGGGGUCAGAGCAAGCAGCAAGGUGAAAAUGUCAACAUUUAGAUGAGAGAAAAGCAGGAUUGCUCUGGUUGUUACAAGCCCUCAAAGCAGUGCUACUAUUAACACUUAAAACUAAAAUUCAAAGAAACAAUAUGUCCACAUUAGCCUUAUUUGAACAAAAACUGCCUCAAUUACAAAAGAAAAUGGACCAGGGCUGUGUUAAUUGGCAAUAUCACAACCUCUUCACUAGACAGUGUAUCGAUGAUUCAUCUGGCCUGUUACUGAAAAGGUUGUGGUUUUAUGUUGAACAAAAUACACAAGUAAGGGCCUUCUUCAGUAUGUUGUGUGAUGUACAGUUAUUUGGUACCUUCUUGCGUCUUAGUCGUUGGUUAUGAAGAGGCUGUGACUGUUUCAUAGGACUUAUAUCUCACUGCAGAUGUUACAGAGUGAUUCUAGUAAUUCUGCCACUGUCCCUGAAAGAUGACGUAUUUUGUAGCUCAGUGCUAAUAACACAAGUCUUAAAGCUUUGUUCCUGCUAAUGGUUUUUGUUUGUGAAUGUAUGUUUCAUGAUGAGAGAAGGAAAAGAAACUGAGGAGAUUUAAUGUGAACGCAUGCUAUUUUGCAUAGUCAAGUUGCCACUGAUAUCACCAUUGUUAAAAGUAUGUAGACAGUAGUGUCAGUAGUAGUGUAUUUAUACAUGAGGUGCACAUGAAAUGCUCCUUCAUAUAAACUAAAUGGCAGCUGAACACUUCCUGCCAUUUGGCCAUCUUAAGUGUUGUAAGUCGAUUGUAAACACUUUUAGCCUUUCCACCCGUGCUUCCCCUCGUUUUCCCUCCCUGUGUGUGCCGUCCUAAUCCCACUGACAACAAAGUGCCAACCGGAAAAAUGAACUGUUAUGAAUCAAACGAGAAAGAAGGUUCUGUAUCUUUGAAAAAAAAAAAAAAAAAGAGGAGAAGCUCUGUCAGAUUAUGGCCUAAAUAAAGGAAGGAAACUGAGCCAGUCAUGAAUACAGUAAUAAAUGGCUUCCCACUGGUGCAAUCACCAUUGACGUCAGUGCUGCUUCUGACUUAACACCAUUAUAAAUAGACAAGACGCAAUCAGACGAAGUACAACAGUCCGUCAGGAACACGGCGACACAUCAAAAAUGAACUGAUACUCAGAGUAGGAAGCGUCUGAAUGAUGGCAUCAGAGAGUCAUUUGUACUCCCUGCAGGUGGAUGGUGUUUGAUGGCAGAAAAUGACGAAAAUCUACUGUUUUAUUAAAAGAAAACAGAAACAGAAAUUGGUACAUUUUUCCCUUAUAGGUGAGGGGUUUCAUUAUAUUUCUAUGGUUGGUUUUAGCGACCAGGCCAUUUAGGAUUAUCUAUCACUGCCUCCCUGAAGUGAAGUCUUCUUGUUUGUAUGGUGUGUUAUUUAUUCCUCUGUAGCUCUCUCUCACAGAUAACCUCCCCCCUCUUUGUCCAAACAAACCCUCCCACCUUUACCUGAGGAAACCCUCUGCCCCCCCCCCUCUUUUUUUGUUAACACUGAUUUUGUUUGUGGACUCUCACAGACAUUGUUUGUAAAACUAAGAAUUCUGCAGCAGAAUAUUUUUGGAGACAAUUGCUGUACAGUAUUUGUAAGCUCUAUUUUUGUAUAUUGCUUUUUUGGAGAAAAUAAUAUGCAUUUUUUUCUUUUCUUGUUUUUGCUAAUUUCAUGUUUAUUCAUUUUAAGAAAAUGUUGCAUGUGACUGACUUGAACUGUAAAUAAAAUUUCCAAGUUUUGGAAAGA